UAGGUUGAAUAUCGAUUCCACAUUUUUUUUUUAUACAAAAGCCGAUUUUAUCUCCAGCUUUAUAACUUUAUCUGACCCUUCUUGGUUACAUUUGUACUUGGUUUCAAGUUAUUCAAAUAAGCUGACUUUUAGUGAUAAAAUCGUGUAUUAGAAUGAUAAUUGCUUUGGGGGAGUAAAUUUCAGGGGUUGCGUCACAUACUUUAUAAUAAAAUGAGUUGUUAAUCUGUUGAUCAAUCUUUCUGAUCAACUGUUGCAUUAACAUGUGUAUAUAUACGGUUUGAUUAAAAAAAAAUAUGUCCGACGUUAAUAAAGAAGAAAAAUCAAAUAAAAAAAAUUGGACUGAUAAAGAGCGCUUAGAGCUUGCCACUAAACUUGAUAAUGAACUAGAUGAAUACAUUAAUAGUUUUGAAAAAAAGCCGUAUUCAGAAGGAUGGCCAGAAGAUCGGUGGCAAGAAGAAAUGGAGAAACAUCCGUUUUUUAUGAAACAAUUUCCUGAAAAUGGAGAAGUUUCUCCACUUAUGGAAGGUUUACAGCAACUUAAAUACAGCGAAGAAGAAAAUACUCCAGAAGAGCUUGCUAUUAAUUAUAAAGAAGACGGUAAUUUUAACUUCAAAUAUAAAAAAUACCGUCUAGCAAUUUUGAGCUAUACAGAAGGUAUAAAAACGCAGUGUAAAGAUGACAAUAUUCGUGCGCAAUUGUAUAAUAAUAGAGCAGCUGCCCACUUUAUGCUGAAAAAUUUUCGAUCGAGCUUGAAUGACAGUAAACAGGCUAUGAAGUUUCAACAGAAUUAUCCAAAAGCAUUGUCCCGAGCUGCGAGCUGUUGUUAUCAUAUUAAAAAUUAUGACCAAUGUGUUGAAUUCUGCAAUAAAUAUAUCGCUGAAAAUGGACCGAGUGCAGAAAUUUCUCGCUUAAUGACAUCAGCUAUUUCAGAACAAAAACAAAAAAAUCGCAUGGAAAGAUUAAAGGACAAAAAGGAGGAAAAAGAAAAACGUGAGAGUGAAAAAUUGUUGGAAACAAUUAAAUCGCGUAAUUUAAUAAUUGAUUCUAAUGGACAGAAAAAUUUUGAAACUAAACAUUUAGUCCCUCAAAUUCCGCAAUUAGCUGAUCAUACUGUAAGAUUAGACGCUGAUGGUAAAUUAAUUUGGCCGGUUGUUAUUUUGUACCCAGAAACUUUUCAGACAGAUUUUAUUCAAAACUUUCAUGAAGAUUCUAGGUUUGUAGAUCAACUAGAGGAAGUUUUGAGUGAACCCCCAGAGUGGGAUACCGGAAGGCGCUAUAAUCUUGCUAGUGUAAAUGUUUAUUUGGAAGCGGAUAACAAAGUUAUCCAUAAAGUGGAUAUUAGUCAGACACUAGGAUCAAUAUUGAAAACAAAAGGGUAUAUAAUAAAAGCAGGAACUCCUUCAUUUUUUAUCUUAAUCGCCAACAGUGAUUCAGAAAAAAAAUUUUUAGAUAACUAUAAGUCUUGA